UCUAUACAUGUAUCCCAGAAGUAUCUCUAUCUUAAUUUAUAUAUAUAUAUACAGACACAAACUCUAUACAUGUAUCCCAGAAGUAUCUCUAUCUUAAUUUAUCCCCCACACAGUUUCUCUCUUUCUUUCUAUUCCUCCUCUUUACCCAGCAGAAUCAUCAUGAUAUCCUCGAACCCAAAUGAACACGUGGCAACCGGUGUUCAGGUGAACUCGACGGACCAUUUCUAUUCAAACAACCCACACGAAUUACCAAUUCACCAUCAACCCAAAAGCGAGGUUGCUUGGUCCACCGGUCUCUGUGACUGCUUCGACGAUGUCCCUAACUGUUGCAUGACCUGCUGGUGUCCAUGUGUUACUUUUGGACGGAUUGCAGAGAUUGUGGACAGAGGUUCAACAUCUUGUGCCGUGAGUGGGGCGAUUUACGCGCUAAUAGCAGUUGUGACUGGUUGUGCGUGCUGUUUCUCAUGCUGCUACCGUUCUAAGAUGAGGCAGCAAUACAAGCUGCCAGAAAACCCCUGUGGAGAUUGCUUGGUUCACUGCUGCUGCGAGUCUUGCGCCUUGUGCCAAGAGUACCGCGAGCUCAAAAACCGCGGAGUCGACAUGACCAUUGGGUGGCAAGGAAACGCGGAGAGACAAAAUGGUGGAGUGGGAUUCCCGCCGGUGGUUGCAGGAGGAAUGAGCAGAUCAUGAAUGUAAAAUAUUUGCUUAAUUGGGCUGCUAAUUAUAGUGGCAAAACUCUCUUCAUUUUGGAUUUGUUCAGUUUGCAAUGUUGAAGUAGAAACAGAUUGCUUGUAAUGAAUUAUUGUAUUUUACAAUUAAUUUGAUAUUGACAAUUUCAUAAAUAAAAAAUAAUAAAACUUGAUAGCAGUGGUUAUGUUA